AUGAGUGAUGACAGGUACGAGGGAGACGAUUGGCGUGCUGAAAGAGUCAAAGACAUCCAAAAAACUUGUGACAAAUUUCUUGCUCAAACAAACUUUCUUGUAUCUGCCACUGACGACGGGGAUUCAAAAUCGGCCGUCAAGAUUCUAAUAACGGGGGCGGCAUCAAAUCAGAAAAAUAUAUUUCUGCUUCAUUCGAUUGCUGAAGGUCAAAUGUUAGGUCCUACGCAGAAUGUCAUAUUAAUUUGCUAUGGUGACCAGAAAGCAUCAAUAAUUCUGCAAGAAAUGGUUAAUGAAUUGAAAGAUUGUUUUCUUCCAUUGCUAGCAGAUGUUCUGGUUACAACUGAUGAAAAAGAAGCUUUUACGGGCAUUAAAAUAGCUUUGUUAUUGGAUUCCGUUGCUAAUGAUGAGCGCUCAUCUUUAGGAAAAUACCAAGACACAUUCCGAAUGAUGAAGGAAUAUGGUCAUUCGUUCAACUACACUGGCUCUAAUGUCAAAAUAUUGGUAAUUUCUGAGCCAGUUUUAAUAAAUGCGUUGAUAUUGAGAAGACAUUGUCAGGCGGUGCCUCCAAAAAAUAUUGCAUCAUUAUCCCUUACUCCUUUAAAUGUAACGAAGUACCAGCUAUUUUAUGAUAGCUCAUCUUUUAAGGUGGCCAAAAAAAUGGAUGCCCAGCCAGAUAGAAUCAAAAAUUUAAUUAUGUGGGGAGACGAUCCUCACACGUUCACGUACGACUUAAGUAGAUCUACAUUCAAGGAAGGGUCGGAGUGGAAACAUUUGCCGACAGUGUUAGCAAACGAGCAUUGGGUUAAAAACUAUUUGCCCGAGUUGGUAAAGGAAAGAAUUCAAAAACUAGCAAGUAGGACUGAAUCAUCAUUAAUUGUUUUGUCGCGGGCCGUUUGCGAGCAGGUAUAUAGCUGGUGGUUCGGUCUGCCAAACAACGACAUCAAACGAAUGGGAGUCGAAUCAGACGGAUCCUAUGGAAUUACAAAAGGGCUCUACGCAGAUUUCCCAGUAACUAUAAAUUCCAACGGAGAGUAUAACAUUGUACGAGACAUCGAAAUAACACCAACACACCAAUUGAAAAUACAGGCUAUCAAUGAGAGGUUGCUUGACUAUGUCCAUAGUAUACAAGAUUGGCCAAUGUUUCAACAGAACCAAUUACUCGCUUGA